AUGGUGAGCGAAGAACAAGAGGAUAUGGGGCAGCCUCUGUCCUGGGUGGAUAGCGGGAAGUCGGUCCUCAAACUGAACAUCCGUCAUCUAUGGUUGUGUGGCGUGUGGCCAUUGCCUGGCUCCUGGAUAUACGAUGCGUACGGCGUUUUGGGCCUAGUAUUAGGCUUCUGGAACGCGAUAGAGAGUUCGCUGGCGCUCUACUCCUGCUGGGGAGACAUGGAGGAGACGACGCUGUUGCUUACCAGUACCUUCACCAUAGGCUGUGGCACCGUCAAGAUGGUCUUCUUCCUGAGCAACCAAAGGCAGUACUACGUGCUCGCUAGACGCGUUGAUGUGCUGGCAUCCCUGCAGAACGAAUUCUGCUCCGCGGACCCCGCAUUGGCCGAAAUCCAGCAGAGCGCUCAGAAGCGCGGCUACCGUCUAACCCUGGGAAUGCUGCUCUUAAUGUUCUCGCAGUACCCUGUGUGGUUCCCUAUGCCGCUCAUAGCGCAUCCAGAGAAACGGCGCCUUCCGUUCGGCCAGCACUACUGGGACAACAACACCCACCACUACGCGCUCUCGUACGUGGUGCAGUGCGCAGCAUCAGCGCGGAACACCCAGCUGAGUUUCAGUGUUGACCUGCUGUUCGUGUCCAUCAUGCUGCUCGUGAGCGCGCAGCUGCAGAUUCUCACACUGCGUAUCUGCCGUCUGAAAACGGAGAACUGCGAAGUAAAGUCAGAAGUUGGAGCGAAAUAUGUGAAAGGCACGCCGGGAUAUAUCUGUGAUAAAAUGUACGAAAAUUUGUGCCUUUGCAUUGAAACUCAUCAGAAAAUUCUCAGGUUCGUCAAGGAGUUGGAGACCACAAUGAGUUACGUCGUAAUCACACAAUUCGGUUGUAGCGUCAUCGUUGUGUGUGUGGCAUUAUUUCAAGCAACAUACGGUACAGACUUCACUGGAGUGCUGAAAUGCGCGUUUUACCUUCCACUGCCCGGCGGCCAAGUAUACAUGUAUUGUUGGGCAGCACACAAUAUAACCGAGCAAGCGCAGGAAGUGGCGCUGUCAGCUUACAGCUGUUCCUGGUUGGAGGCGAGUGCUCGUUUCAAACGCUCACUCAGGAUCCUGAUAAGCCGCGCCCAGAAACCACUAGUUCUCACCGCUGGGCACCUCUACUCCAUCAACAGGGAAGUCUUCGUCUCGCUGGUGAAUGCAUCCUACUCAUACUAUGCAUUGUUGGGUCAUAUGAAGAAGCACUAGGCCAACAUUCCUUGGAGCUGAAUCGUCAAUGAAUAAUGAUUUGCGCAGGUCUUAUUAGUUUUUAAGCCACACUGAAAUUCCGAAACCACAUACACAAGUCAUGAUACUAGCUUAAAUUAAAGGUGUAGUAAACAGAAGAAAAGUCUUGACUGUUAAUCCAAUAUUAAAUAAACGAUAUUAAAAAAUUGAUUAACACAGUACUUGCACUCUCAACUAAUAGGUA